GUGGCUGCCGUAACUUAAUUUCUAAUCUUUGCUAAAUGGAUAAAAUUGGCAGAGUGAAAUCUCGUGUGUGAGGGUAAUUUUAGACAAUAUUCUGGCUAACUCCAUUAAAUUCACCCUUUCCCUUGUUAGAAACAGUGAACGCUAAGUAACUUUUUGUUAUAGUAUGAGAAAGAUCGACAUAUCCAUAUAGCUGCUAGAAGAGGUGGAUGCAAUGCUAUCAGAGGGCGAGCUGAAGAACUUGACAAAUGGCCAGUCCCUGUACCGAGUGCUGCAGCCUUGGUGGGACGUGUUCUGUCACUACCUCUCCAUCAUGAUGUUCAUGAUGGCCACGCUAGGAUGUACCCUUCAGGUCACUCUCCGCAGAUUCAUAUGUGUGGCCUGUCAGUUGACCCAAAGUGGAAUCUGUGAAAAUGCAUAUAAUCCUGAACAAACAUUUGCAAAUGCCAGCCUUCCUAAGUAUUACCCCCCUGAGGUCUACAGACUCGACCUGCAGCAGUAUGCGUACAUAGAUGCAGUGUGUUAUGAACAUCAGCUGCACUGGUUUGCUAAGUUCUUCCCUUAUGUGGUCAUGCUCCAGACUCUGCUCCUUGUAAUAAUCAGCAAUUUCUGGUUCCAGUACCCCAGCACCAGUGCCCGACUCAUGCACUUUAUCUCCAUCCUCCACAAGUGUUGUGACUCCCCGUGGACCACUCGCGCCCUCUCUGAGACCGUGGUGGAGCAAGGUGGGGGAGCCCAGUCUUCAGCCAGUGUCAUCGAUCCUGUAGCUAAGGUGUCCACCACCAGUGAGGACAGGAAGCCCAUUGGGAUGGAGACGAUUGGCGUUUUAGACAGAAAAGAGGGGGAGCAGGCUAAAGCCAUAUUUGAGAAGGUCAAGAAGCUGAAGGUACAUGUGGAGGACAAAGAUGUUAUUUACCAUCUGUACAUGAAGCAGAUUGUUGUGAAAAUGUUGGUUUUAGCAGUAUCUCUGGUGUACAUUCCUCAUGCAGCCUCGCACAUUAGAUUUGAAGUGGACUGCACGGUUGACCUGAGAGCACUUAUUCCUUAUCAGUCUUUCCGCUGUGUUCAUGCACUAGCUACCAUUUUCUGGUUACUUUCCCUAGUUUACACAGUUAUGAUCAUUUUCUACAGCCUGACAUGCUUCUACAGCUUCUGGUGGAUAAUCCGGAAUUCACUGCGCCACUACUCAUUCGAUUCGGUUCGGGAAGACAGCAUCUACAGUGAUGUUCCUGAUGUAAAGAAUGACUUUGCGUUCGUUCUCCAUCUGCUUGACCAGUACAACCCACUCUUCUCCAAAAGAUUCUCUGUCUUCCUGUCGGAAGUUAGCGAGAAAAAGCUGAGGCAGCUAAACCUGAACAACUUAUGGCCCCGAGAGAAGCUGAGCCAGAAAGUAGUGAGGAACACAAAGGACCAGUUGGAGCUUCACCUCAUGCUGCUCAGUGGAAUCCCAGCUGCUGUAUUUGAACUUCAGGACCUGGAGGUGCUGAAGCUGCAACUGAUCCCGGAGGCUAGGUUCCCCAAGAAACUCACCCAACUGGUUUAUCUGACAGAGCUCUGGAUAGACCACACCACAACCACCAUAGAUCAUAUGGCCCUGUCCUUCCUCUCACAGAACCUGAGGAUCUUGAAACUAAAGUUCACUGAAGUUCAGAAAGCACCAACCUGGAUCUUCAACUUGUGGAACUUGGCUGAACUCUACCUCUAUGGGAAUCUGUUUUCAGAGGAUAACUCAGCCUUUGUGAACAGCAUACCCAGGCUAAAGAACUUAAAGGUUCUCUUUCUGAAAUGCAGUGUCUCGAUGAUGCCCAAGGUGAUCUCAGGUUCACUGACCUCGCUGCAAACACUGAUAGUGGACAAUGAGGGUACACAGCUCUCGGCCCUCCAGAGUUUAAAAACAAUGCAGAACCUAACUUGUCUGAAGAUCCUUCACUGCGACCUUCAGCGGAUUCCAAGCUCAAUCUUCAGCCUCACCAACCUUCAGGAGAUAGAUCUAGAGGGAAAUGACCUAAAAACCAUAGAAGAGGUUCUGAGUUUCCAGCACCUUCCAAAGCUUUUCACACUUAAGAUGAAGCACAACAACAUCACUUACAUUCCUGUGCACAUUGGUGUUUUGGAAUCAUUGGAGCAACUGCACCUCAGUCACAAUCACAUCAAAACCAUCCCCUCCCAGCUGUUCUUGUGCACAAGGUUGUAUUAUCUAGACCUGAGUCAUAACUUCCUGACCGUCAUUCCUUGUGAAAUACAAGACCUAAAGAGACUGCAAUACCUGAAUGUCUCCAACAACAAUAUUGAUGUUGUUCCAGAAGAAAUGUUCCACUGUAGAACACUGCAGUCUCUUUUGCUGGACCACAACAGUUUAUCUGCCAUUCCAUCACAGGUGAGUGAACUCACCAACCUAUCCCUGUUAGAUCUGCGUGGAAACCAGCUAGAGAGCCUUCCUCCUGAACUGGAGGAGUGUCUGUGUCUCCGGCCUGAGGGACUCCUGGUAGAGGAUGGCCUGUUUAACUCCCUGCCUCCCAGCAUCAAGGAGGGCUUCCAGCGGCCAGAAAGGGAGCACUCCCUCAAGGCCUCGGAGUCUGAUGUAGUCGUCAACACCACCAGCUGUAACUUGGUUAUCUGUAGCUCAGGACAUGGAGACAGCGGAUUGACACACCCUGUAUGAAGAGUUUCCAAAGAGGAUAGAUGAUGAUUUGCAAGCAUUUUUUUUCUGUUGGUUUAUGAACGCGUUCAAUUACUCUGUUAUAAAUGUUAAGUGCAAAUCACAAAAAAGGACAGGAUUAAGAUGUGGAAUUGAA